AGAUUGGAAGGGAUCUCUGGAGGCCAUCUAGUCUAACUUCCUCGUCGUCCUUUUUGCUAAGUGAAGCAGGAGCUAUCAUAAUGCAAGUGUCCCCUCCAGAUUGCUACAGGUAACAGAGCAGCUUGUUGAGGAGGAAAUGCCAAUGGAAGCCGUCCAGGGUUUACUGUCCCAUCACCAUCACCUAGCAGGAAUGAUUGAGGAGAGUGGGAAGAGGAGGAGGACAAUGGCGGAGAAGAGACAGCUGUUCAUGGAAAUGAGAGCCCAGAACUUUGAUGUCAUCAGACUUUCAACGUAUCGGACAGCCUGCAAGCUGCGCUUUGUGCAGAAGCGAUGUAACCUUCAUCUUGUUGAUAUCUGGAAUAUGAUUGAAGCCUUCCGAGAUAAUGGCCUUAACACUUUGGAUCAUAACACAGAGAUCAACGUGUCUCGACUAGAAACAAUCAUUUCAUCCAUCUACUACCAGCUCAACAAACGCCUUCCUUCUACUCACCAAAUCAGCGUAGAGCAAUCCAUCAGCCUUCUCCUCAACUUCAUGAUAGCAGCGUAUGACAGCGAGGGCCAUGGGAAGCUGACGGUGUUUUCAGUGAAAGCAAUGUUAGCAACAAUGUGUGGUGGCAAAAUACUGGACAAACUAAGAUAUAUUUUCUCUCAAAUAUCAGAUUCAAAUGGACUGAUGAUAUUUUCCAAGUUUGAUCAGUUUUUGAAAGAAGUCCUAAAACUUCCAACUGCUGUGUUUGAGGGACCUUCUUUUGGAUACACAGAGCAUUCUGUACGGACGUGCUUCCCACAGCAAAAAAAGAUCAUGCUGAACAUGUUUUUAGACACAUUGAUGGCUGAUCCACCUCCUCAGUGCCUUGUGUGGCUGCCUCUCAUGCACAGACUUGCCCAUGUUGAAAAUGUCUUCCAUCCUGUGGAGUGUUCCUAUUGCCGCUGUGAGAGCAUGAUGGGCUUCCGGUACCGGUGCCAACAGUGCCACAACUACCAGCUCUGCCAAAACUGCUUUUGGCGUGGCCAUGCCAGCGGGCCUCACAGCAACCAGCACCAGAUGAAGGAGCAUUCCUCUUGGAAAUCGCCUGCGAAGAAGCUGAGCCAUGCAAUCAGUAAAUCACUUGGCUGUGUACCAAGCAGAGAACCACCUCGUCCCGUGUUUCCUGAGCAGCCAGAAAAGCCACUUGAUCUUGCACAUAUAGUUCCCCCUCGACCUCUGACUAACAUGAAUGACGCCAUGGUGACCCACAUGUCCUCCGGAGCACCGACACCAACAAAGAGGUUGCAGUGCAAGGCGGACGCUGCUGGCCAGUUAGCUGAUGAGCAUGCACUGAUUGCAACUUAUGUGAGCCGGCUGCAGCGCGGGGCACGUGUGCUGGACAGCCCAGGCCGGCUGGAUGAGGAGCACCGCCUGAUCGCCCGCUACGCAGCCAGGCUGGCCGCUGAGGCCAGCAACACGCCUCGCCCACCCACAGACCUGGGUUUCAACUUCGAUGCCAACAAACAGCAAAGACAGCUGAUAGCAGAGCUGGAAAACAAAAACAGAGAGAUACUGCAGGAAAUCCAGCGUCUGAGACUGGAGCACGAGCAAGCCUCACAGCCCACGCCAGAGAAAGCCCAGCAGAACCCAACGCUACUGGCUGAGCUUCGGCUCCUGCGGCAGAGAAAGGAUGAGCUGGAACAGAGGAUGUCUGCGCUUCAGGAAAGCAGAAGGGAACUGAUGGUGCAGCUCGAAGGGCUGAUGAAGCUACUCAAAGAAGAAGAGCAAAAACAGGCAGCGCAAGCAGCGGGCUCGGCGCACUCGUCCCCCACCCACGGAGCCGGCCGCCCGCUGCCCAUGCCCGUCAGAUCCACCUCUGCUGGCUCCACACCAACACACGGCCCCCAGGACAUCGGGGACAUGCAAGAAGCUUUCACACAAGGUACAAGGAGGAACCUGCGCAACGACCUGCUGGUGGCCGCUGACUCCAUCACCAACACGAUGUCAUCGCUGGUGAAGGAGCUGCACUCAGCAGAGGAAGAAGAUGAAGAAGAAAUGGAAAAAAUGCAGAACGGGAAGGAUCAAGGUUAGAUGGACGACCACAGGCUGUACAGCAAUUCAGGUGAGCCUGGACAUUUCUCUGCCAACCUUCUGCUUUCUCCUUCCUUUUAUGCUUCUGUACAAGACGAGGAGAGUUUCCCUCCCGCCACUCUGCACCUAUUCCAAAGGAUGCUGGGUUUUCCUAGUUAUGACCUAAUUCAGCUCCUGCUACAGACAGUGGGAAAGCAUCAUUAACUUCAGUGAAAGCAGAAUUACCGCCGUUAUCUUUUCUUUUAUUAGCAUUACCUUUACACUGAGAGGCCUCCGCCAGGAAAUCGGAGUCUAUUGCGACGGACGCUAUCCAGAUGUACUAAAAAUACAAUCUCUACCCUCAAAGAGCCGGCACUGUGUGUUAUAAUAAGGCACAGCAGAUGGACAGACAAACAGGUGCUGGGGAGCAUGAGACUGUGUCGGCGGAGAAAGGCUGAGCCUCGCGCUCACAAUGCCUCCGAGGCACCUGGGGCAGAUCCCUAUCACUUCCCCACUGAAAAACGUAGGAGGGCACCGGGUUGGGUUUCCACUCUGCAUAGUAUUUGCCUGAUGCGCAGUGCUGAUCUCUGAGCGCUGGCAGUGGGAAGGAGGAGGGUUCCUGCAGCCAAAACACGCGGCGUGGGCGCAAAUGUGGGUUCGCAGAGGUCGAUGGGGAUCCCAUUCCUGGGUCUUCUUCCAUUGUGCUGGAAGCUUGCACACUGAUGAGAAUCCAGAGAGCAGAACAAGAAUCCCACCUUCACAUUGUCCAUUGGGAUCCAGCCCAUGUUGGCCAAAUAGAAUUAGGCACAACUGCUGCAAAACACAAUUCUGCAUGAUAAAACUGGCACCAUUGCGCUCUGAAGGUAAUUUGCAAAGCACAGAAACAAAGCUUUUGCCCUUUCUGCCUCCCUGCCAUUUUAGUAAUGGAUAGAGAUAACCUGAAAGCAGCUUCAGAGUUUCUCUGAUAGUUUUUACAUUAGAAAUUCAAGUCCUGUCUCGGCUGGGAAACAAUCUGGUAACUGAAGAUCUUGAGUGAAAUGAUGCCAUUAGAGGGGAUGUAGGCAGUGUGGAGCUCUUUGUGCUGUCUAUGCACGGCAGUCCCUUUGUGCCCCUUGGACGCUAAUGGCUGCUCUGCACUUUGCUGUAUGGGGGGCAGCUGGGACAAGGCUGUCCCUUGCCACGGAACAGGGGCUGAAGCACCAGGGGUGAUGCUGAGAAGCAGAAAAUGGAGAAAAGUGAGACAAUAAAGGCAAGAAACUUUUUCAGGGCUUCUUUAUCCUCCAGAAGGGGCGAAGAAUGGAACUGAAUGGUCUUUAGGGACCCUUCCAAACCAACCCAUUCUGUGGGUGUUCUUCUUUCGGGUCCCUCCAACCCAAACCACUCCGUGAUUCUGUGAUUCCAUGGUUUAAUGCUGUGGGCUCAGUCUCUGUUUCCUAUGGUGCAGGCGCAGGGGGCUCUCGAUGAGCUCGUGACCGAAGACGUCCCCGCGCCGCUGGGAGAGCCGCGUUCCGGCCGACCCACCACCAUCGCGCGACUGUGAUCGACGCUGACCUCCCACCGGCGCCGGCAUUCUCCCAGCCAACCGAGGGGUUUCCCCGUGGGCAUUUGCCUCUUAGGCCAUUGCAUGUACUGUUUUCCUCAGUGUGUUUACUAACGAUAAUCAGACAGUGCCCCAUCGAACUCUGCCAUUUGCGGGAGGUUCAAGAAAAAGGCAAUACUCCCCGCUCCCGCUACGCAUUCCGAUCUGUUGGAUUUCCCACCCAACAGCGGCACCAUCGCAUCUCAUGCUGGCUGUUUCCUCUUGGCUCCUGCCCUUUGCUGUGCAUGACAAAAAAUGAGGUUUGCACCAUUGGGGUCUCUUUGCGUGUAAAGCAGGGGGGACUCGUGAGUGUGGACGGUUCAGACCCACCUAGAAGCACCGCUCCGCUGUCGGGUUGCUGUUGUGUUUGAUGUUACACUGUCCUCUGUAAGUGAUGGCGUGUCAGGGAGGAACAAGCAGUGGGAGGACCCCAGACCAGUGCCUCUUCUUUAAACUGUUACCAAAUGUCCCCUUGCAGGCAGGGAAUUCGGGGAUGAGUAGCUUGGGUUGGCAUCAGCAUCUCUGUGUUCAUUCUUGAGAGGAGAGCUGGGUUUUGUUUAAAACUAAGAGAAAGAGCAGAGUUGUGUAGUCUGAGGCUGGGAGCUCACCGCCGUCUGGGUGCUUAGGAAACGUUGCAAUCAGUUCCAAUCACACCAUUUCGGGGUUUUUUUUUUUCCCCUCGGUGUUCUGGAAUGUUAUUUUUAGUGGAAGGAGCUGAGUGCCCUAAUGCAGCCAUAAAUAUUUAUCAGGGGUGAUGAAUGGGAAGCAGCGAUAAAGCCCGAAGCCAACGGCAGCCAGUGCGGCACGGAGAGCGCUCGUUGGGUACCUGCAGCCCUUUGGGAGAGCAGAAAUAAACAGACGUGGUGGCCACAGCCUGAGCCAAGUGUAAAUAUUGUGAGCGAGCUGUCAGGGAGGGGAGAGGAGUGAUGAGAACCCGACUCAGCGCGUGCACGGCUCAUGAAGCACGGAUCCGCAGGGCACCCUUUUUUUGUAUUGUUGCUCACUGCAUGACCUCCCCUUCUUACUUUGGGGGAUAGGGGUCAGUGCAUGGUGCGGCGGGUUGGGGUUGGAUUUGGUGACCUUUGAGGUCUUUUCCAACCGGAGUAAUUCUGUGAUUCUGUUUAGGGAUGUGGUUAGCAGGCACGGUGGCGAUGGGUUGGCGGCUGGACACGGUGAUGGUGGAGGUCUUUCCCAACCGCAAUGAUCCUGUGGCUAUGUAGGCAGCCAUGGUGGUGCUGGGGUGACAGCUGGACGCAAUGACUCAGCUUUUCCAACCCUCAUCCAUGUUGGGAAGCAAACCCUACAGCUUGCUUGUGCUUAACUGGGAACAUUGCAAACCUUCUGCUUGCCUUCACGAUCACCGCCUUAACCCCUGCAGGAAGAACACUGCAGACCACGCUUUCUCCAAGCUGCGAGCUGUGCCAUCAUGGUUCCAGCACGUGUGCAUCUUUCCUUUCAAAUUUGGGGUUCAUUUCUUGUGCACACCAUGGGGUUUGGUGGCUCAGUCGGCACCGGUGCCCAGAGCGCGUGGUGGGGAGGAUGGGAGUGCCAUUGGUAAGAACCUGUGAACUGGAAGCCAUGUUCUGUCAUCUGCCAAAUACUGAAUAAAUUCAUCUCAUCCCUACAGGGUGUUUCGUCCCUCAGCCAUGUGAAAAAGAA